ACUGUACUAAGAGCUGGUUAGAAGGCUGCAGGAAGUUGGUUGAUAGGGGUACCGGAAGUGGCGUGUCAGUAGUACAGUCAUGUCGGACGGAGAAGUAACUUUGCUUAUACGGAGCCCUAGCCUUAGGCAGGAGGAAAGAGAGGUCCGUGUACCUCGUAAUUGUACUGUGCGUGAACUAAAAACACAACUACGACAAGAACUGCCAGGGGAACCGAUGGAACAAGAUCAGAGAUUGAUCUAUGCUGGAAAGUUGCUUCCUGAUCAUCUAAAGCUAAAUGAAGUUCUUUCUAUGGAGAGCAGACAUGUACUGCACCUUGUUUGUUCCAAACGGAUUCCUGUAAAUCAGGACAGCAGCCAACAUCCUGCAUGUACAUCUGCUCAACCUCACACUGUGAAUCCUGAGGCUGAUGGCAUUAGACAACGGAUCCCUCCACAAAACAAUUCUGCAGAGAAUGGCAACACAGCUAGGCCUCAAGAAGCAAGUCCUGCAAUUUCUGCUUACCCAGUAUACAGUCCCCAACAGAUCAUGUGGCUUCAACACAUGUAUGCCAGACAGUACUACAUGCAAUACUAUGCUGCUGCUGCAGCUGGUAGGUCCCCUAUUCAGAGAGGCCAGGAAAUCCCAGUGGUUCCACCUGCUGCACCAGACCCGUUACCUCAUCCUUUUCCAGCAAACCAACCACAGAAUCCAGAAGUUCAAGCUCCAGUUAAUCCAGUGGCCAAUCCCAAUUUGCGUAUGAAUGCUCAGGGAGGACUGGUGGAAGAAGAGGAUGAUGUUCACAGAGACUGGCUGGACUGGAUCUAUACAGCUGCACGAUUCUCCAUCUUCCUGAGUAUUCUGUACUUUUACUCCAGUCUGAGCCGCUUUAUGAUGGUCUUGGGUGCCAUGAUUCUCAUGUACUUGCACCAUGCUGGAUGGUUUCCAUUCAGACCAAGACCCCCCCCUGAGGAAGCUGCAAAUGUAAAUAUCCCUCCAAGGGCUGUCCCCAAUCACCAGGAUCAGAACAACAACCUACAGCAGGAAGAAGAUGAUCAGAUUGAGGAUCCUUCUGCUGACGGAACUGAAGCUGCCACUCUCCAAGCACAAUCGUUUUUGACAACAGCCUGGAUUUUCUUCAAAACAUUCUUUGCAUCAUUGAUUCCUGAAGGGCCUCCUGCUGUGGUUCACUGACUAUUGAUGAAAAUAAGACAUUUGUGACAAAUGCAGACAGAUGACUGCAUGUGCAUAGUCUUCCCUUUAUAACAUGGCGAAAAGCCUAAAUGAACUGAUGCUUUCUAGAUCUUGAACAUGGUUUUAUUCUGAAACAUUUCCUACACAAACCAUUUUGUUUUCUAACAAUCCAAAGAUGUGUAUAUAACAUAAAAUUGAGCAGAUUGUAUCUGUUCAUGCCAUAUGAUUCCUUGUGGAAUGGGGUAAUUUUACACUAAUUGUAGUGUUAAUGUUUACAUUCUGUAACAGUUCUAGCAUUGUGCUUUGAUUGCUAGCUGCUGCAGAGAAGGUCUUACUGUAAUCAGUAUUCUACUCUGCAUUAUAUGAUGUCACUUUGUGCCCAUACUGUAUGCUCAUAAGCUUGCACUUUAGUUAAAAUGUACAAUAAACUGACGCGUCAUAUUGUCUA